CAGCAGUACGCAACAUGCAAAAUGACAAGUCGAGCAGGGUCCGCAAAGCCAGCCGAUCAAAGUUGGGCAGAGCAGGUAUAUAGCCAGCAGCCCAUGCCUCCCAUCGAUCCUCAACACACUCCACACAUCCGCUUACAGUUCAUCCCAUCUGCCACUUCAGCUUGAACUCAAUCAACUUCACACAUUCACAACAAUGGCUCGCACGAAGCAGACCGCACGCAAGUCCACUGGUGGCAAGGCCCCGCGCAAGCAGCUCGCAACCAAGGCCGCGCGCAAGAGCGCCCCAUCCGCAGGUGGUGUCAAGAAGCCUCACCGUUACAGGCCUGGUACCGUCGCUCUUCGUGAGAUUCGUCGCUACCAAAAGUCGACCGAGCUCCUCAUCCGCAAGCUGCCGUUCCAGCGUCUCGUCCGUGAGAUUGCUCAGGAUUUCAAGACCGACCUCCGUUUCCAGUCCAGCGCCGUCAUGGCCCUGCAAGAGUCCGCUGAAGCAUACCUCGUUUCGCUCUUCGAGGACACUAAUCUCGCGGCCAUCCACGCCAAACGUGUCACUAUCCAGCCAAAGGACAUCGCUCUUGCAAGGCGUCUGAGGGGCGAGCGCACUUAAGCAGCCGCAUCUAUGCUCUAUUCUUUGUACUAUUAGCUCUGUAACAUGUUUUCCCGGUGAUUGCUAU